CUAGAAUCUGGGGCUGGACCCAGGGACCUUGGUUCACUCUGUGCACCUUCCUCCCGGGAUUUGAGGCAUCUCUGUGUGGGGCCGGGCCACCCACUCCACAUCAGGCCCCAUCCUCAUGUUUCACAAGUCAUCUGGGAAUGUCAGCUGGAGGGCCCCAUAGCCCAACUUGGCCUAUCUGGAGUUCUAAGGGCACUGCUGGGGAGAAACCCAUGGCCACUGACCCCUCCUUCUGGAGCAGGGUCUCCCAGACCCCAGCAGGGUAUCCUCCGAGGUACAGCAGAUGUGGGCGCUGACAGAGAUGAUCCGGGCCAGUCACACCUCCACAAGGAUCGGCCGCUUUGAUGUGGAUGGCUGUUAUGACCUGAACUUGCUCUCCUACACUUGAGCUGUGGCCCUUAGUCAAGACGUUGGCCUUCCGUGCCCAUCCAGGCCCAGCUUGGGCCAUCAGAGGCCGAAGUGCUGUCCCUGUGCAUUCCGAGUAUUGCCUGCAUGCACAUUCUGUCGGGACCACGUUCACAGAGUCAAGAUUCUUGGGGGCUCACUGUGUUGCUUUAGCAUGAACUCCUGGAGGGGAUACACUCUGUCCUCACCUGAUUGCAACCCAAAACUCCUCCUUCGCCCUCCCUAAAAACACUCCAGUUCUAUUACUAAGAGUCCCCCUGUGCCCUCUGUCUCCCCUGCCAACAUGCACAUUCCUGUCUUCUGCCUGCUCCCUCACCCUGAGUGCAGUGGGCUGGGGUAACCUACUAGAACCUGCUCUGUCUAGCCUUGGAAGACUGGUGUAGCUUGGCAGUCAUAGUUUGGAAGCUUGAGGGGAAACAGGAGCCGCAUUUUUCCUUCUGCGCCCCCUAAUGGUCUUCUUUCCCUUUGUGUUAUGCCCACAAAAAGAAAAUUUCUGUCUAAACUCUUCUGCUGCUUGCCUAGGGAGCCACACAAAGCUGGGAAUUUGGGCAGCCUGAGUCCCUUGGUCCCUGAGUUGGCUCCUGGAUGUGUGUUUAAAUGGGUCUGCCCCCAUCCAUCGGGUCUGGGCGGGUGCCCUGGGCAAGGCUGGGGCCUGAAAAUGAGUCCUGGGACCUGUCUGCCAUCUGACAGAGCCCAGAGCGCAUCCUUGUCCCUCUUCCAGUUGCCCCCAUCUAAGAGCCACGCUCAGUGUGAUGAGAGAUCAACCUCGGUGGUGGUGGUGGGGGCCAGGUGAGGGUUCUCAAUGGUGUCUUUUAAGAGGCUGAGGUUUUCUACAACCCCAGGCCAGCAGCUGAAUAAGACAGGCUGCUGCUCCUUAUGAGAAAAUCCUGCUUCUCUCUGUUUUUUCCUGGCUUUCUUCUGGGAGCUGUUAUGAGGCAGUACUGCAACAUGUGUUGGACCUGGAAAAUUGGAUGUUUGUGUGGCUCAACAGCUUUCUAGGGGAAGGGCAGCCACUUUUUGGUGGCCACCUUCUGAUGUCACCUAUCAGUUCUUGCAGGUCGUAUCUGCCUGCAGCGUCAUUUACUUAGCCCCAUUCAGCUUUUGCUAAAAGGGUAAUGAUCAGUCUUGUAUUCAGGGAGUAGCAGCCCUCAGUGUGUAUGUGAGUGAGGGGGGACGUCCCUAGGAUGGCAGGGACCCUACUUCCUGCACAGCUCUGUCCCCAGCACAGGGCCUAGUGUGCAGCAAGAUCAAUAAAUACUUGUGGAAUGCAUCACUGUGCUCACUGCCUAUGUUUGCCCAGCGAGAGAGCUGGAGACCCUCACAUGAGGCCAGGUUACUGUGGCACUCUGCCUGCCGGGCUGACUCCACCCUCCGGUGCCCUCUCCACCCCUUCCCCUCCCCCCAUGUGACCUUACACUCCUAUUGUCCUGAACUGGUGAUUCAGGCCUUUCAGCCCUUUGCAGAACUUUGGCCCUUCGGAGGCAGCGCAGUCAGCAGGGGGAGGUCUAGCCCCCAGCUCUAUUUCUGAGUGGCUUAACUGGCUCCAACCGCCCUGAUCAGAUGUAAGCGCCCGGGGCUAUUUCCCUGCAGCUGGGAGUCAAUGCACUGUGUGCUCUAAAGCUGCGUCUGCCCUUGGGGCUGCCCACUCCCUCUUCUGAUCCCCCGGGCGGGGGAGAGACCUAUCUAAGCAGGGCCUGGACUACAUCUCCCAGCGUGCCUGUCAAGAGUGGUGGCCUCUGUGCGUCGGCUGCACCAGUUGCGGGCAACAAUGCAGCGGGCUGGGAGCAUGAUGUCCUGUCUGGGCUUGUGUCUCCAGGGGCUUCCCUCGGCCCUGCGCCGUUCUCUCAGUAGUGCACAGGACGUGCUCCGCAGGACACCACUCUAUGACUUCCACCUGGCCCAUGGCGGGAAGAUGGUGGCAUUCGCAGGCUGGAAUCUGCCUGUGCAGUACCGGGACAGCCACGUUGACUCACACCUGCAUACACGCCGGCACUGCUCGCUCUUUGACGUGUCCCACAUGCUGCAGACCAAGAUAUUUGGCCAUGACCGGGUGAAGCUGAUGGAAAGUCUAGUGGUUGGAGAUAUUGCAGAGCUAAAGCCAAACCAGGGAACACUGUCGCUGUUUACCAAUGAGGCUGGUGGCAUCUUAGAUGACUUGAUUGUGACCAACACCUCUGAGGGACACCUGUAUGUGGUGUCCAAUGCUGGCUGCUGGGAAAAGGACCUGACCCUCAUGCAGGACAAGGUUAGGGAGCUUCAGAACAUGGGCAGCGAUGUGGGCCUGGAGGUGAUGGAUAAUGCCUUGCUAGCCCUGCAAGGCCCCACUGCGGCCCAGGUGCUACAGGCUGGCGUGGCAGAUGAUCUGAGGAAACUGCCCUUCAUGACCAGUGCUGUGAUGGAGGUGUUUGGCGUGUCUGGCUGCCGUGUGACCCGCUGUGGCUACACAGGAGAGGAUGGUGUGGAGAUCUCGGUGCUGGCAGCGGAGGCAGUCCGCCUGGCAACAGCUCUGUUGGAAAACCCAGAGGUGAAGCUGGCAGGGCUGGCGGCCCGGGACAGCCUGCGCCUGGAGGCAGGCCUCUGCCUGUAUGGGAACGACAUUGACGAGCACACCACACCUGUGGAAGGCAGCCUCAGUUGGACAUUGGGGAAGCGCCGCCGAGCUGCUAUGGACUUCCCAGGAGCCUCGGUCAUUGUUCCCCAGCUGAAGGGCAAGGUGCAGCGGAGGCGUGUGGGGUUAAUGUGUGAGGGGGCUCCUGUGCGGGCGCACAACCCCAUCCUGAGUAUGGAGGGUACCGUGCUUGGUGCUGUGACCAGUGGCUGCCCCUCACCCUGCCUGAAGAAGAAUGUGGCGAUGGGUUAUGUGCCCCAUGAGUACAGUCGGCCAGGUACCCUGCUGCUGGUAGAGGUGCGGCGAAAGCUGCAGAUGGCCGUGGUCAGCAAGAUGCCCUUUGUGCCCACAAACUAUUAUACCCUUAAGUGAGGAUGACUUGGAGCAGGGCCCUCUCCUCCAAGAGCCUUACUCUGGAGGGCAUUCUACAAGGGGUUAGUCAGGAAGCUGAGGCAGAACACACUUGGGGAAGGUGGCUAGGUGGAGGCUGGUACUGGUUGUCUGGGUGAUGGGGUCACACCACCUAUUCCCACUUCAUCCUGUGCCACUUGCAACUUCAAGACCCCAUUUCUGAGUGACGGACAAGCCCACAGUCCCAUUGACCCCACUCUUGCCUGCUGGAGAAGCAUCAGGUCUGGCACCUUGCCCUUCCACUCUGCCAGGUGCUGCCUGUGGAGCAAAGGCUCACCUUUAGGGGGAGGAGAAAGCCUGCCCAACCUACCUCACCACAGUUUCUCACACUGCAAAGGGUCAUUACCUUGGGCAGUGCCGGCUACCUCCUCUGGUUCACUUUCCAUGAAUUCAAACUGUUGCCUCUUCCUGGGCAGGGAUGAUUCCUGACUCACAGAGGGUUGGCCUAGUAGGGCUGUGGUGCCCAUGUGUAAACUUGGGGAUGGCUGGUGGGGCAUGGACUCAUUCUUCCACAGUUGGCCCAGCCUGCUGCCCAGCAGCCAGCCAUGCCAGGCUCACCACCUGUUCUGAGCCUGGGCUGUUGUAGGGCAGGCUGGGCCUCCUCCCAGACUUGCCUUAUCCUGGGCUGACCUUCGUCCCUGGGACUUAUUACUGGACUCCACUGACUCCUAAAAAAAAUAAAACAUUAAAUGAGCUUCCUUCCUUCUUGCUU